UACCAGAGUGGAUGUACCUUACACAAAUUACAGAAAAUCAUUGCAUGCCUGGCAAACCCAAAUAGUGCUACGUGCCGACAGAGCUGCUGCCACUGGAAGACACGUGCACACUCUCUCAUUAGCAGAUUACCCUCUUUUUUAAUCCUUUGCACACGCAGCUUUUCUGUCCCUUCAAUCUCCAAAUUUCUUGCAAGACUAAUCUUUACCCGAUGGGUCGCCGUCUCUUGCUUUUCUGCAACCUUUCGUGGCCGUUAAUGCCUGCGAGGCCUUCAAAACCAUUUCUCUACAGCCCCAUCAAGGGAUAUAAUCAGUACAACACACAAAGUCACGGGCAAGGAGUAGAAGAGAGAGCACCUUCGCUAGCUGAUGAGUUCAGAAGAGUUGCAGAGGAGAAGGCAAAGGCGCAGGAAACAACCCAUGUCGUAGAUCAAGGUGGGGCUAGCCAAACUGCGGAAAAGACGUCUGACGGCUUGGAAGAGGCUUCUAGUGGCGAUGGAGAUAUUCAAUCGGUGCAGGAGAGGUAUAAGGAGCAUGAACCAGGUGCUGAUUAUCGCAGGAGGGGAUGAUUCUUAGUGAAAUACUAAUAAACUAUAUACACUUGUUAUUAUGCCCAUCAAACACCUAGUUUUGUUCAGAAAACAGUGUGUGUAUUGAAAAACGGUGUGAAUUUCCUGUGUAUAUAUGCUGCAGAAUAAAGUUCUGAUGAAUAAGUGACAAAUGAAAUGAAUCCAUGCCUCGUCUGAGGCUAAAGUUAGUUCA